AUGCGCAAACGCCGCACCAUCCUCGUCGUCGGCGACUCCUUCUGCGACGUCAACGCCGGCCCACUGCCGCGCCUCCCAGAGUGGGGCCGCAACGUCGUCUCGCCAGAGCGGAUCCUAGCCCAGCCAGGCGGAGCCGCGCUCAACGUCGCCUGCAACCUGCAGCGGCUCCGAGGCGACACCGCUCUCUACUCGGGCAUCGGCCGCGAUGCGUUUGGCGACUUGCUGCGCGUCCACCUCGACUCGCUGGGCUUAACACUGGCCUGGGACGUAGCGGCGGACUCGGACGAGGACGCGCCGACCGGCGUCUGCAUGGUCCUCUCCGGCCCAGACGACCGCGCCUUCUGCUCCCACUUCGGCGUCUCGGACGCCUUUGACGCGUCCGCCCUCGUCGCCGACGGCGCCGCCUUGCUCCGGCGGUUGGGGCCUUGCCAUGUCCACUGCGCGGGCUACUUCUCCUGCGCGGCGCUGCGGAAGACUCUCCCUCGGCUGCUGCUGGCGGCGCGAGAGGUUGGCGCCACGACAAGCCUCGACACUAACAACGACGCGAGCGGACAGUGGGGCGCCGUGGACGGCCUGCCGCCCUCGCCCGGCUGUCACGGCAGGUAA